ACGUCGUGGCCCGAACAGGAGUAAACGAGUUUGAUGCCAGACCCGCUGAGGAAGUUGUUGGAACGUGGAACGAAACAAUGCGAAGUGAGGGAUCACAGUAGACAGUUCUCUCGAGUUUAAGAUCAGUGAGUCAGCUCUGCUACAACACGGCUUUUAAACAAUAAAUUUCUUCUGGCAUGGAGUUGAGGGAUCAUGAACAGCCUGUUGUUAUGAGAGAGGAAAACAAACGAAGGAGAAGAAGAAUGAAACCUCAUUGUACAUCGAGUAGUUUUUCUUCAAUGGAACUGAUACCCAUUGAGUUCAUUUUACCUACAAGCAAUAAACAUACGAAAGCACCAGAAAUUAUGUUACUCGAAAUUGCUGGUAACUGUACAGUUGAGCAAAUGAAGGCACAGAUUUGGAUGCGUGCAAUCGAGAUGAGUCAAACCACAGACUUCUACCAUGCAUUCACCCCAGAUCAGUUUAUUCUGCAGUAUCAGAAGAAAGGGCAAUGGUAUGAAAUUUAUGAUAAACAUCAAGUGUUACAGACAUUGGACUGCAUACUGUACUGGAAGGUGUUACAGAAAAAGGUAGGCAAGAUCUAUGUUGUCCAGAAACAAAAACCCUCAGAAGAAGUCCAGGAAUUUCAGCGGCAGCUUAAUGAUUUAAUUGGUUAUGAUGUCACUGAUGUAAGCAAUGUACAUGAUGAUGAACUAGAAUUUACUCGGCGCAGAUUAGUCACUCCACGAAUGAUAGAGGUAGCCUGCAGAGAUCCUAAAUUAUAUGCAAUGCACCCAUGGACUACCUCUAAACCACUCCCAGAAUAUUUAUUUAAAAAGAUCACUAAUAAUAACAUUUUCAUAAUUAUACAUAGGGGAACAACUAGUCAGAAAAUUAAAGUGUCAAUAGAUGACACUCCAGAUAUGAUUCUCCACAGCUUUUUCACAAAAAUGGCAAAGAAAAAGUCCUUGAUGGACAUUCCUGAAGACCACAGUGAACUGGAUUUUGUUCUCAGGAUUUGUGGCAGAGAUGAGUACAUUACUGGAGAGACACCAAUCAAAGAUUUUCACUGGAUAAGACAGUGCCUUAAGAAUGGGGAAGAAAUCCACCUUGUCCUUGACAAUCCCCCAGACCCAAAUGAAGAUGAGGUUCAGAAGGAAGAAUGGCCCUUGGUGGAUGACUGUACAGGAGUUACAGGGUAUCAUGAACAAUUGACAAUAGAUGGAAAAGAUCAUGAGAGAGUCUUCACUAUAUCUUUGUGGGAUUGUAAUAGGAAAUUUAGAGUGAAAAUAAUUGGCAUCGAUAUCCCAGUUUUACCAAGAAAUACUGAUCUUACUGUGUUUGUGGAGGCUAAUAUUCAACAUGGGCAGCAGCUCCUUUCACAGAGAAGAACUUCAUCAAAGCCUUUUACUGAGGAGGUUCUGUGGAAUAUUUGGUUGGAGUUUGAUAUCAAAAUCAAGGAUUUGCCUAAAGGAGCACUUCUGAAUCUUCAGAUCUACUGCGGCAAAGCACAGGGACCAUCUGCAAAGACAAACCUUCAGUCACAUGAAUACUCCAACUCUGAUGCAAAGUGCAAAACCCAGCUUCUCUAUUAUGUAAAUCUUUUGUUGAUAGAUCACCGUUUCUUGCUACGAAGUGGGGACUAUGUGCUCCACAUGUGGAAAAUUCCAGGUAAGGGGGAAGAACAAGGAAGUAUAAAUGCAGACAAACUCACAUCAGCAACUAACCCUGACAAAGAAAACUCAAUGGCUAUCUCUAUUGUGCUGGACAAAUAUUGUCACCCAAUUGCCUUGCCCAAGCACAGGAUAUCAUCAGACCCCCAAGGGGACAGGACCCGAGCUGAAAUGCCCAACCAGCUUCGCAAGCAACUUGAGGAGAUCAUAGCAACUGACCCACUUAAUCCACUUUCUCCUGAGGACAAAGAACUGUUGUGGCACUUUAGAUACGAGAGCAUAAAGCACCCCAAGGCAUAUCCUAAGCUGCUUAGCUCUGUGAAAUGGGGACAACAAGAAAUAGUGGCCAAAACAUACCAGUUGCUAGCUAAAAAAGAGGCUUGGGAUCAGAGCACUUUAGAUGUUGGACUCACAAUGCAACUUCUGGACUGUAACUUUUCAGAUGAAAAUGUCCGAGCAAUGGCAGUUCAAAAACUGGAAAGUUUAGAAGAUGAUGAUGUUCUUCAUUAUCUUUUACAGCUUGUGCAGGCCGUGAAAUUUGAGCCAUAUCAUGACAGCGCAUUAGCCAGAUUUUUGCUGAAACGUGGUUUGAGAAACAAAAGAAUUGGUCACUUCUUGUUUUGGUUCUUAAGAAGCGAAAUUGCCCAGUCCAUGCACUACCAGCAGAGGUUUGCAGUCAUCCUCGAAGCCUACCUUAGGGGCUGUGGAAAAGCAAUGCUGCACGAUUUCAUGAAGCAGGUUCAAGUAAUUGAAUUGCUGCAUAAAGUCACAAUGGAGAUUAAAUCAGUUUCUGCAGAAAAGUAUGAUGUUACUUCUCAAGUUAUUGCACAGCUGAGACAAAAGCUUGAAAAAUUACAGGGCAGCAAACUUCCAGAAAGUUUUAGAGUUCCAUAUGAUCCUGGGCUAAGAGCAGGAGCACUAGUGAUAGAAAAAUGUAAAGUAAUGGCAUCUAAGAAGAAGCCCCUCUGGCUUGAAUUUAAAUGUGCAGAUCCAACAGCUCUGUCAAAUGAAACCAUAGGCAUCAUCUUCAAACAUGGAGAUGACCUCCGUCAGGACAUGCUAAUUUUACAGAUUCUUCGAAUUAUGGAAUCUAUUUGGGAAGCAGAAUCCUUGGACCUCUGUUUGUUGCCAUAUGGUUGCAUUUCUACAGGGAACAAAAUAGGAAUGAUUGAAAUUGUGAAAGAUGCUACAACAAUUGCCAAAAUUCAACAGAGUACAGUUGGGAACACUGGUGCAUUUAAGGAUGAAAUACUAAACCAGUGGCUCAAGGAAAGAUGCAUGAUUGAAGAGAAGUUUCAGGAAGCUGUGGAAAGAUUUGUUUAUUCUUGUGCUGGAUACUGUGUGGCAACCUUUGUACUUGGAAUAGGAGACAGGCACAAUGACAACAUCAUGAUUACAGAAACAGGUAACCUUUUCCAUAUUGACUUUGGCCAUAUUCUUGGGAAUUAUAAAAGCUUUCUUGGAAUUAAUAAGGAGAGAGUUCCUUUCGUGCUGACUCCAGAUUUUCUGUAUGUCAUGGGAACUUCCGGAAAGAAGACAAGUCUCCAUUUCCAUAAAUUUCAGGAUGUAUGUGUGAAGGCUUAUUUAGCUCUCCGACACCACACAAACCUGCUGAUCAUCCUGUUCUCCAUGAUGCUAAUGACUGGAAUGCCCCAAUUAACCAGCAAAGAAGAUAUUGAAUAUAUCAGGGAUGCACUGACAGUAGGGAAAAGUGAAGAAGAUGCCAAAAAGCAUUUUCUUGAUCAGAUAGAGGUUUGCAGAGAUAAGGGCUGGACGGUUCAGUUUAACUGGUUUUUGCAUCUUGUGCUUGGAAUCAAACAAGGAGUAGAAAAGCAUUCUGCUUAAUUUUUUAUGUAAAUUAACUGUGGGUGUGAAUAGGAGGUUAGUGAACCUACAUGUUAUUUAUGAAUUCUGAAUCAUUGAGCAGUCAAAAUUGCCUUUACUCUUCUGGCAGCUUAAAUAGAUCUUGUAAAAAGGCAGGACAUUACUCUGCCCCUCCAGAAGAUCUUCCUGCAGAUAAAGAUUUUUUUUUUUAAUUUCUAAUGACACUUCAAGUUGCUGGAUUCUUUUAAGUAGUUGCUUUGCUGAUGUGGCUUGGAUUAUUUUUUCUUUCUUUAGCAGUAAUUUCAGAUAAAUAUAAGGAGGAGGUUGAGUAAGAUGAUAACCUACAAACCUCCUAUGACCUUACCUUAAUUGUUUAUGAGGGUCAAGUCCUUCAAAACCAGAAGAAUUUAUAUAAAAUCUGUGGUUAUAGUGAAAUCUCUGUAUCCCUAUCUUUCUCAGGAUGGUUUACACACAAGUGUUCUUUGUCCACAUCCUUCUAUUUUGUCCCUUCCUCAGUGUUUGUUCUUUCUGGAUUUUUAAUAUGUUGUCAGUAGAAAAGAGCUUUGGCUAUGCCAUUGAAGGAAAUUGCCUUAUGUUACUGUAACCUCCUGAAAAAGAAAACCAAUCUUGACUGCCAGAACUUCAUAGUUCUGGAAGUUCCUCAGAUUUGAACAUGAAAUUCUGAAGGUUUAAUUUUGAAAGAUUUUUUACUGUACUUUACAGUGGGGAGCGUCCAUAUUAUAUUACAGAUUAUAUUCUUAGUGUAAAGUUAUUAAAAUUCCACCUGUAUAGGAAAAGCUUUGUAGAAAAAGCAGUGGUACUUCUUAUCCCUCUGAGAAAACUCCUUAUGUAAGAGGUAAUUGACAUUUUACCAAAUAUCUGAGAAACCCAAAGUUAUUUAUUCCUUGGUGAUAUAUUUUCAGGAUAUACCUAGAAGGAAUUAAAUGCAAUCUUUGAAGUUCUGUAUAUUUUGCUAUUUAUUUUUAAAUUCCUGAAGAAGCAAUACUACUGAAAAGCUAUUUAUGGAAGAAAAAACACCACCUUAUCUUUAAUUUCAAUAUUUAAACUUAAAAGAGGAAAAAAAGGACAGUGUUAAGUACAAUUUUGACUCACUGCUGUAGAUUGCCUGCAAAUCAAGUCUGCCUAUGGUAGGAAAGGAAAAAACCAUAUAGCCUGAAUUCAUCUUUGAC